AUGAAGAAAUAGAUAUAGAAGAUCAUUUAAUAAACCCAAUUUCAUCGACAGGCGAACAAUUGGGCAGCGGAUCUAAAGAACUUCAAUACAAUCUUGAUGGAUCAUUAGUAGGAGCUAACAGCAAUGAACUAAUAGAUAGCAAUAAUAGCAUUGAGGGAAUUGUUGGUUCUGGUGGUGUUGUUGAUAGUGAAAUUCAGGGGUACUUAAAUCAAGCUGGUGUUCCGGGCAUGCCCGGAGAUCCGAAUAUGGUGGGCCAUUCACCAUUUACGAGUAAUACUAUUCUUAGUAAUGAAUCUAAUUAUAUGGGGGAUCCUAUUCUUAAUGUGGUUGAUACUGCAUAUCAAGAAGAUUCAACGGGUUUAGUUUUUGAUUUUAUAAACGCUGACGAUGAAGUUAUGAACGACAACGGCGAUCCCCAUUUGGCGUAUAAUAAUUAA